AUGUCCCGCUUCAACGCUAAAAAUCGCGAGGAACGUAGACACUUCAACAACACUUCAACACAACAUUUUCCAUCAAACAUUGACUUACCAUUCGAAUGGCUCUUCGAAAACCCUUCCGAAACACCUCUUAUUGCGAGUCGCAUUUAUAUAAUAGAGAAGCCUGAUACUUUAAAGCGAAGAUGGAAUAGGUAUCAAGCUAAACAAGCUCGAUUGAAAGAAGGGAAAGCGUUACAAGUAAAGAGGCCUAUAGUUUUAUCAGCAGCACAGCACAAAGCUGUUUUGAUCUACGCCGCAGAUCAAGCAACUAAAAGAAGGAAAGGAGCUACUAAGCAACUCUAUGUUAUACGGACUAAACCAAUCGCAUCUUAUCGCGUCGAUAUGCAUACCGAGAAAUCUCUCUCCAACUGGUUCUAUACCGAGCUUGUUCCUGCUAUCCAGUUCUGCGGAAUUGGGCUUAAAGAUAGGCAUAAAAUCGCAAAUAUAGAUGAGAAAGGCGCGCGGAUUUGUAUGCCGGCCGGAGAAGAAGUUAUCGUACCUAUCGGAAUCAAAGAGAUGUAUACAAGAAUCUAUGAAAAUCGACUAUCCGUAACUGUGAUCGAAGCUAUUCUUGCCGAUAGAAAAGCUAUUCCUUUAAUGAUUAUUGUGCCCGGAAAGCAAAUUAUAGCGUCUUGGUUUUCCGAAAAGAUGACUGGACAUAAAGUUGUCACUGUUUCCGAAUCCGGUUAUACGAACGAUAAGAUUACUAUAAACUUUUCUCAAAUUCAACGCAAAUUGAAAAAGUAUAAUAAAAAGAGUAAGAAAGAAGCGGGAUUGCAUAUACUCGAGUACGGAGAAACGUCUGAUCUUAAAGAAGAAGAUGAAUAUUCUUUUUCAAUCGAUAAGCAACCUAACGAAUUACCUCUUCUUGCGCUACCUCGACUUCCUCAAUCUUUUCAAGAUUGCGUAAAGCAACUCGACGAUCUGAACGAUAAGAUCAAAAUAGCUCUUUCUUCUCUUAGCCGCCAACGCUUCGAUAUCGCGAAACAAGCACUCGAAAAAGUCAAGGCUAUAAAGAUAAAAAAGCAAGAAGCUAGUCUUAAGAUAGCGAACGCUAAACUCAAGUUAGCAACGAUUAAAAUUCGAAACGAUCGUUAUAAUCAAGGAGUUCUUGAUCGGAAAGCCGAAAAAGAGCGAAAGAAAUGGUUGAACGAAGCGUAUAAGCAACAAGGUCGAGGGAUUCUUAUACACAUUCCACCCGAACGAAAAGUCCUUAUUCGAGACCGCGAAAAGCAACCUACAGCAAAAGAACUAGAAGCUGAUAAUAUUGAUUUGAUUUCUUUUCGAAACGCAAUUGCAAACGAAGAAGCUGCGUUAAAAGAAGUUUAA